AUGUCAAAGAGACACGCAGAGCUCCCCUUAGGGGAGAAUUUCCAAAAUUCACCAGCCUCGAAAAAGGCGCGCGUCGAGAAUGAGGAUGAAGAUGACCCCCGAAACGGCGCAGUACCCGCGCAACGAGCCAGCGGCCAGCAACUAGAGCAAGAUGAUCGCAAUGGAGCUAACAUCUUAGCUGCCGCCGACAAGGAAGGGGAGGAACUGCAGGAAGCUGCCCAGGAUGAUUCAGGAUUGUCGGAUAUCGACGAAGAAGCCUCCGCCCUCAGCGCGCCCAAACGUCAAAAUCAGCCGAUGGAAGGCUACGGCGAUCUCUAUCUCGACACGGUCAAUCGUGGGGUUCUGGAUUUCGAUUUCGAGAAGUUGUGCUCCAUCAGUCUCUCGAAUAUCAAUGUAUAUGCCUGUCUCGUCUGUGGCAAAUAUUUUCAGGGUCGUGGCCCCAAGUCUCAUGCGUAUUUUCAUGCGCUUGAAAUCGGGCACCAUGUUUUCGUCAACAUGGGCACAAAAAAGGUCUAUGUGCUACCGGAGGGAUAUGAAGUCAAGAGCAAGAGUUUGGACGAUAUUAAAUACGUGGUAGAUCCACACUACUCCAAGGAUCAAGUGGUUAAGUUGGACAAAGAGGUUCACGAUGCGUGGGACCUUCAUGGUGCCAAAUACAGACCAGGUAAGACAUUCUGUCAAAAAAGGAAGUUCAAAGCAAUAAUUGUUAACCUUCUCGUAGGCUUUGUCGGCAUGAACAACAUCAAGGCCAAUGAUUAUAUGAACGUCGUGGUUCAGCUUCUAGCUCACGUCCUCCCUAUCCGCAACUUCUUCCUCCUACACGAAUUCCCCGAACUAGGCACUCCUCAGCUCGCCUAUCGCUUCAGCACUCUUGUGCGCAAGCUCUGGAAUCCAAAAGCAUUCCGAUCACACGUAUCACCCCAGGAGUUGUUGCAAGAGAUCGCGCUGCGAUCGUCUAAGCGCUUCUCACUCAGCCAACAAUCUGAUCCCGUGGAAUUCCUCUCCUGGUUCCUUAACAACCUCCACUUGUCCCUCGGCGGCUCCAAGAAGCCCUCCCCGACACCCACCAGUGUGGUUCAUGCCGCUUUCCAAGGUCGCGUACGGAUUGAAUCACAAGCCAUCACAGCUUCCUCCGACACCCAGAACGCACGUCUAGUGUUCACAGAAUCUGGCGAUAUUAGCAGCCAAAUUACCCCAUUCCUUAUUCUCACAUUGGAUCUCCCACCAACACCACUCUUCCAAUCCUCAAACAGGGAAUCCAUCAUCCCACAAGUACCUCUCACAACACUUCUGAACAAGUAUAAUGGCACCAGUGCCUCCGAAAAAAUGGCCCAUCGUGUUCGGCACCGCCUUCUCCACCCCCUCCCUCCUUAUCUCCUCUUCCACAUCAAGCGUUUCAGCAAGAACCGCUUUGUCUCAGAACGAAACCCUACUAUUGUCACACAUCCUAGUCCCCGUUCCCUUGACAUGUCACCAUAUGUCGAGCCCAAUCCUGAUGCAGGGGCCCCAGGCGAGCCAAUUUUGUACGACCUAGUUGCGAACAUUAUUCUGGACCCAUCAAUCGCCGCCCCCGGAGCUACUGAAGAUGCCGCCGAAAAGGGUGUGAACGCAGCAUCAGGUGGUGGUUCAUCAUCCGGAGCUGGUGGUGGUAGCGAGAAGGUUUCCUGGCUGGUUCAGCUUCAUGACAAGGCCAUGUCCGCACAGAACGCACGUCAACAAGGUGGAGGUCCGGAAUGGCUCGAGGUCCAGGAUCUUUUUGUCAAGGGCGCAGAGAGUGAGACUCUGUUCACGCGAGAAGGAUACCUUAUGGUUUGGGAGCGCAGAAAAGUUCCAGGUCCAAAAGGUAAGGGCCGGGCUGGUGCCAAGUAA